UUGAACAAUUUCCGCUGACAGCUUGAAAUUUGAAAUGUGUUUGAAAUUAAAUAAUCCCGAUUCAGGUGAUGCAAGAAAUUGUUUAAGUGAAAUACGAUGAUAUUUCAAUUGCCCACGUCUUGAUCUUCACAGCAUCGGUAUCUUUUAUGGUUAGCAUAACUACCGUGUUAAACCUUUUUCAUUGUUAAAAUUUAAAGUUCGAGUAAUUAGUGUAUAUUGGACGUGUAAGAAGAGGUUAUAUGCAGUGGCAUAAAAAUGAAUUUUCCUGAGGAUAAUGGGUAUACUAAUACUCGAAAUGCGCGUGGAGAUUCUAGAAAUGGUAUUUCUAUCAAACAAGCAUAUAGUAUGGGUGGUCUGAAAGCUGGGGCUGUCAGAGCCCUAGGACUGGCAUACCGUGUGCUGUCUCGACGCAAAGCAGCAGAGGAGGGAGUAGCUCGUCUGGCAAGAGUACUUUCAGCUUUGGACCUGACUGCACUGGGAGUAGGUAGUACCCUUGGAGUAGGUGUUUAUGUAUUAGCUGGAGAUGUUGCCAAAAACUAUGCAGGACCAGCUGUGGUCUUGUCAUUCUUGUUAGCAGCUGUUGCAAGUGUUUUUGCAGGUCUGUGUUAUGCAGAGUUUGGUGCUCGUGUUCCAAAGGCAGGUUCAGCGUAUGUGUACAGUUAUGUAUGUGUUGGAGAGUUUAUUGCAUUUAUUAUUGGAUGGAAUCUCAUACUUGAAUAUAUAAUAGGUGCAGCCUCUGUAACCAAGGCAUUGAGCGAGUAUCUGGAUUCACUGUUAAACAAGGCGAUAUCCAGCCGCUUACUUGAAUGGAUGCCUUUGGAUUCACCACAUCUUGCCAAAUAUCCUGAUAUUUUUGCCUUUACUGUGAUAAUGAUCUUUUCUGUAUCGCUCGCGUUUGGCGUGAAAGAGUCGACAAAGUUCAACAAUUUCUGUACCGGCGUGAAUUUAUGUGUUGUGCUGUUUGUCAUAAUAUCGGGCUCCUUCAAAGCUGAUACGAAAAACUGGCGCAUACCAGCAGAAGAGGUACCUAAAGGUGGUGGGCGGGACUUUGGUAGCGGCGGCUUCGCGCCUUACGGGAUCGCUGGGAUCAUACGCGGCGCGGCUGUCUGCUUCUAUGGCUUCAUAGGCUUCGACUGCGUAGCAACGGCCGGUGAAGAAGCGCGUAGACCCCAGAAAAGCAUUCCCUUUGCGGUGGUCGCUUCGUUGCUAGUUGUCUUUCUUGCCUACUGCGGUGUGUCUUGCGUCCUCACACUUGUCUUGCCUUACUAUAUGCAGGACGAAAAGGCACCGUUCCCGUACGUGUUCGAUCAAUUGGGAUGGAGUUGGGCUAAAUAUGCCGUCAGCGUUGGGGCCGUUUGCGCUCUUUGCUCAAGUCUUUUGGGUUCGGUGUUUCCUCUGCCACGUAUUAUUUACGCGAUGUCAGCGGACGGACUGCUUUUCCGUUUCAUGGGAGGUGUUAGCGAGAAGUUCCAUACACCGAUUGUUGGUACAGUUGUUGCGGGGCUUUUUACAGGCACGUUGGCGAUGUUAUUCGAGUUGGAGCAGUUAAUCCAUAUGAUGUCCAUCGGCACUCUGCUAGCCUACUCCAUGGUCGCCUCCUGUGUGCUUUUACUCAGAUACGAGCGUACCCAGAGUGGGCGCACUGCGAGUGAAACGACACGUAUGAGCUUGCGAGGAUGCGUACGUCAAGUGUUUAACGUAGACGGCCUGACCACGCCCACGCAGCUCAGUGCCACGACUGUCAACGCACUCGUCACAUUAUACGGCGUAUGGUGCUUCUUGAUGAUGGGCAGCAUCAGUGGGCAUGGGGACGCGAUCCUGUCAGGCGCUCCAGGCCCUUUGGCGGCUAUGGUGGUGGGAUCUGUGCUGGUUAUCACCACGCUCUACGCUAUCUCACGGCAACCCGUUUCAGACAAGAAACUCGCCUUCUCGGUCCCUCUAGUACCGUGGCUGCCCGGUCUCAGUAUUCUAAUCAACGUUUACUUAAUGCUGAAUCUGGACUACAUGACGUGGAUUCGAUUCUCCGUCUGGCUAGCUGCUGGUCUUCUAAUCUACCUCACAUAUGGCGCAUGGCACAGCGCGGAGCGGCGGCGCUCGCCCGAUGUUCAAUUGGCUGAGCUGCACAAUGACAGCCACACGGCGCUGUUGCAGCACGCUGGAGCUGCCCACGCCCUUGGAUGACCUUCAACGGACCAGGCUGAACCUACUAGCCCAACCAGUCCUACCGGUACUAUCAUCUCUUUUAUAUCCAGUAUUUAGUGUACAACUAUUAAUAUUGUCAGGCAAGAGACUUAAGACUUAAAGGUAUGGUCAGCAAAAUUUAUGAAAAAUUCAAAAGUUGUAAUUACUACCUAUAUUUCUAUUGAUAUAACAUUGUAUAACUGUGUAUGUAACAAUUACGAUCUUUGAAUAAGUACUUAUAUAUUUUUUGGUUUAAUAAAUCAAAUAGUUUAGGAAUAUUUUAGUAUAAAUCUGAGAAUUUCAUCUUAUUCGGAUAAUCGAUGUUAACCAUUAAAAGAGGCUUUGUUUGUAUGUGUACAAUCAUAAAAAUCUUAACUCAAUAAUUGAUGUGGGGGCUACGUUUUGGAAUUGGAAUUAAGGCCUUAAAUGUUUAGGUGGAUAAGAUUGCGGUGGAAAAUAAUAUCCAGAAAAUUAAAAAGAAAUUUAAAAUUAUAUCAUUAAUUUGUCAAUUCAGACACAUUUUAAUCUAGUAAUUACCGCAACAUUGCAUCAACGCGUCACUUAGGAUAUACGGUUGUGGAAAUAAUAAAAUUAUAAAAUAUUCCUAAACUUGUACUCGUGUAUGUAUACAACGUAUAGUAUAAAUUCCGUGUUACAUCGGUAUAUAAUUUGUAUAUCUUUAGGACUAUUUGCAACAUAUUAUCAACUGUAGGUUAGAUUAAACAUAAAUAUGUAACGUUUACUACGUCCUAUUAGGUAGUGACGAAUUUUUGUUAAUUUAAUUUGAAAACCAUUAAAGAAAAUAUACUCGUUGUAUUUUACCAUAGUUAUAAUAUUUUUGGUCUUAUUCAUUACUUGCCUACGCUAUAUGAUUAUAAACAUCAUAAUCAAAUGUCGGACGUUUUAUAAUGUGUGUCCCAAAUGUUCAUGUAAAAAAAAUUGCGUUUUUGGUGGUUGCGCGAAAUGUUUUACCAUAAUUUGUUUAGUUUCUGAAACUUAUGGAAGAGAUAGAAAGCCUUAACGUAGCCUAAAAGUACCAAAUGCAUUGUAGAAUCUCAUUUACAAUCUCGUUUCAUGUAUUUUGCCAAAGUAUUGUUACACUAUAUGUAAGAGGAAACAAAUACCGCGUUUUAUCAUUUCAUAGUAUAAGGUUGUUGGUAUUUUUAAUUUUUAAGACAUAUUUUCCAACGUUUUACUGCCAAUAAUUUGACAUUAACAUAAUAUUUUUAUUGAUUGUAUUACGUUUACUUAGAAGUGUAAACUUCAGUAUUAUUCGAUGUGGCUGUGAGACAGCGGUAGUGUGUUAGUUAAGUUUAUAUUUCAUUUUGUUAAAUCGUUUAGAACGCUUGUUGUUCAGCUGAUUAAAUUGACAUAAAAUAUU